GGUUCCUCUCUUUUUAUCGUCCAUUGCCUGCCUGUUGCAGCUUUUUGAACAAAACCAUAACUCUUCCCAAAUCCAAAUCUUUUCUUCUCUCUUCUUUUUUCGUCAAACCACGAGCGCCUCUCUCUCCCGAAAGUGAUACCCAGCGCGCGCAUAUUUUCUUCCCUCUUUGUCUUUUUUUCCCCGUCGAGUUCGGUAAUUCACAUCCAUCAGUAUGUCGUCUCUGUCUGAGCGUGAAGCUGCCUGCUGCCUGCUCGCUUGCCCGGCACUAGGAAGAAAAGCUGGAGAACAGAAGUGAUGGGUUGCUGACUGGAGGACUAUCACAAUAACAGAAAUGCUUGAAGCACGGUUGGAGCAGGCGUCGAUCCUGAAGAAGGUCGUCGACGCCAUCAAGGACCUCGUGCAGGACUGCAACUUCGACUGCAACGACUCGGGCAUCGCCCUGCAAGCCAUGGACAACUCGCACGUCGCGCUCGUGUCCAUGAUGCUCAAGACGGAGACCUUCUCGCCCUUCCGGUGCGACCGCAACAUUGCGCUCGGCGUCAACCUGACGUCGCUGACCAAGGUGCUCCGCGCCGCCCAGAACGAGGACAUCCUGACGCUCAAGGCCGAGGACGCGCCCGACGUGCUCAACCUCGUCUUCGAAUCUUCCGAAAACGACCGUAUCUCCGAGUACGACCUCAAGCUCAUGGACAUUGACCAGGAGCACCUGGGCAUUCCGGAUACCGAGUACGCGGCCACCAUCAGCAUGCCGUCGUCUGAGUUCAAGCGCAUCACCACCGAUCUCAUGGCCAUGAGCGAGAGCGUCAACAUUGAGGCGAGCAAGGACGGCGUCAAGUUCAGCUGCCAGGGCGACAUUGGCAACGGCAGCAUCACCCUUCGCCAGCACACCAACGUCGACAAGCCCAGCGAGAACAUCGAGAUUGAGUUGAGCGAGCCGGUUUCCCUUACGUUCUCGCUCAAAUACCUGGUCAACUUUUGCAAGGCGAGCGCGCUGUCGAGCACGGUCAAGAUCUGCCUUUCCAACGAGGUGCCGCUUUUGGUCGAGUACAACAUUUCGGCUAGCAGCUACUUGAGGUUCUAUCUUGCGCCCAAGAUUGGCGACGAGGAGUAAUCGCCCCAUUUACCUCCAACAACCGAACCGCAUCUCUGUUACGAACACCACGAAACUAUGCCUUCAUGUAUACCUCGAGUUGCUAUAAAAUCAUGGGGAGGAGGAGAAUUGCAAGUCAUGUAGAAGAUAAGGGUUGAUGCAGUGAUGAGAAGAAGAA